UCAGAUUUUUUUUCCUACUCAUACCGAAAUCAAUUUCGUGAUUUUCAACCAGCUUGUACAAAAGAAGUGGAGUACGUCACGAAUCAACUUUCAUAGCCAGACUGAAGUUUUACCAACCAAUCAAAAUGCAAAUACCACUAGUUUAAUCAAUCUUUCCACCAAACAAAAUCUAUUAGAUUAAUCAAUCAAGAUGUCCAGAAUUUACGACAACUGGGAAAGGCUAGUCGGAGCUACACUGCUCAGGGAGGAGCUCCGGCUCAUUGCUCAAAGAACUCCCAGCGAUCUUUCUUCAGCAUCAUCAAUACCAUCACCAUCUCUAUCACCAUCGCCAUCAUCGCUGGCCAGGAGUUCAUUUACAUACGAUGAAAUUCUCCAAGCCACCGAUAACUUCAGCAGCUCCAACUUGAUCAUGUAUGCCCGCACAGGGGAUCUGUUUUGGGGUGCUUUAGAUGCUGGAAUUCGGGUAGUAGUGAAGAAAGUUGACUUGUCGUUGAUCAAUAGAAUUUCCUUCAUGCAAGAACUGGAAUUUUACAACAAGGUUUCUCAUCCUAGAUUUGUCCCUCUUUUGGGGCACUGCUUGGAGAAUGACAAUCACAAGUUUCUUGUUUACAAAUACAUGCCUCAUAUGGACUUGCACAGCUUUUGGUUCAGGAAUGUUGUUCCAUUUUACCGCGGUAAGAAUUUAGAUUGGUUGAAGUGGGAAACGAGAUUGAAGAUAGCAAGAGGAAUUGCAGAGGGUCUGUGCUAUUUACACCAUAAAUGUGAUCCACCACUUGUUCAUAGAAACAUCGAUGCUAGUAGCAUACUUCUUGAUGAUGAUUUUGAAGUGCGGCUGGGGAGACUCCAUGAGGUCUGUACUCAAGCGAAAGAGACGAAUGGGAGUAGGUUUUCCAGGUACGUGUUUGACCAAGUAUGCAUUUGGCUAAUUUUGGUGUGCUUUCCUUUUAGGAUUUUUUUAAAAAGAUUCUUCUUAGACAUUGAUUAAUAUAUUUUUCCACGCAUGUUCCAUUUUCAAGAAAGUACU